AUGCGUCCUUCUACCAUUCUUUCCUCCGUUGCUCUCGGCCUCUUCGCCACGGUUCAAGCUUCAACCAAUGCCACUCUGGACGCUCUCGUUGAGAACGCCAAUGCAAACUUGCUAGAAAUACUCCAAUCUCGAGUUGGCAACCCUUCUGAGACCUGUACCUCCGAGAACGUACUUGUUCGCCGUGAAUGGGGGGCAUUGUCAUCAACAGAGAAGAAAGAGUAUAUUGCAGCGGUUCAGUGCAUGACGAAACUGCCUCCAAUUACACCACUGUCUGUUGUCCCAGGUGUGCGAAGCCGCCACGACGACUUUGGAGCUUCCAUCUUCCUGGCAUGGCACAGAUACUACACCUGGGCGUACGAGACUGCUCUUCGGGACGAGUGUGGCUACAACGGAACUCAACCUUACUGGGAUUGGUCCUCUACAGACACCAUUGCCGCGCAUCCUCUCUUUGAUGGUUCCGACACUUCUAUUGGUGGCAACGGGGCUUACGUUGAAGGCUACACGGAUUUUAUAAUUCUCCCAACCCCAGUCAUCGUCAAUGUCUCUGGGGCAGCUGGGACCGGCGGCGGCUGUAUCACAGACGGACCCUUUAGCUUCAGUAACUACAUGGGAGCUAGCACGGGUCUCCAGAGCAAUGGCCAUACUGCUACGGGUGGUCUACAGGAUGAUUUGUGGGUGUCUGCUCAAGACCCGAGUUUCGUCUUUCAUCAUGCUCAGGUGGAUCGCGUGUGGACGCUUUGGGCUGCGCAGAACCAGACUGUCAGAACGAAGGAGGUGUCUGAUACUUUGACUAUCAAGAAUGAACCCCCGUCGGCUAAUGGUACCUUGGAUACGACGUUAGGCCUAGGAUACAAUGGCGGAACUAAGACAAUUGGAGAACUUUCUUCCACCAUCAAUGGAAUAUUCUGUUACAUUUAUGCUUAG